UCAUAUGGCAGUGAAGCGCACAUUGCUAUCCUCCUCGCUUGCUUUCCAUGAGCGUCGUCGUCAUGGCUUUGAACGGAUGGUGCUGCUUUUCCAGGCAACCGUAUCCUCUCUUCUUCCGUCCCUGGAAAGAGCUUCCUUCCUGGGAAGCAGCAGCGGCAGCGGCAGUUGCGGGCUGGGCAAGCCGCUCCGUUGGCGUAGCGGCUGGGCAGGGAAGGGAGGGAACCCACCGGCGUGAACCCUGCCCUCCGCCCUCUGACCGCCCAAGGAAAGAGGCGGCGCCGCUCGCUCCCACUCAGCACAGCGCCAGCCGGCUCAGGCAACAUGGGGAAGGCGGAAGUGGUCGCUUCGGCCCGGCAGCUCUGGAGACUCUGCCCGGGGGAGGCGCCGGCUGGGCAGCGCUGAGCUCUCCCCGCCUGCGGAGCAUUGGCUGGCUCGGCAGGCCCUCGCGGUAGGAGCCCGCUCACGUCGCAGCGGGAGGGGGAAAAGGCGUCUUCUCCUCCUCUCCCGCUUGCCAGCCUUUUGCCUCCCGCAGCCGCCUUGGAGAGGCGGGUGGAGGGAGGCCUGGUGGAGCCCCGCGUGAGCGGGUGGAGGGAGGAGCUCCCCUCCCCGGCCUCCGAUGGACCCCCGAGCUCCUUCACACGAGCCCUGUUAUCGCCUCCCCCAGCCCUGCCCUGAGAUAGAGGGUAGUCUGUAAGUGGUUGCCUCCGAGGAGGAUGUGGGGUAGCCCUGCGGCCGUCUGUCAGGAGGAGUGAGUGCGAGGUGUCACUUCAGGAGGUUUCGUUGCUAUUUGAAGCUUGUAUAGUCCCCAUCACCGCCCGUGUUCCUGGGGGUAUGGGAGUCGUGGUGGUCACGGAGUCAGAGACCUGGGGUUGAAAACCUCCUUCGGAGCAGAAGUGUAGGAGGGCAGACAAGAAAGCUGAUUGCAGGGGUAAUCGAAGCUCGGGUAUCAGGUCUGGCCCACCAGUUGUUAGGCCGCUAGCCAAGGAAUGUCUGUGGUGGCCAUUCACAUAUAUCUAUGAAGGACUUCUCAUUGCUAAAUGGACCCAUAGUGUGGCAAUUUCUGUAGGUUUUAACUUCAGCAGUGUUACUGCUUGAGCCCCCUAUUGAAAAGUAUGUUGGCCGAGCAAGCCCAAAAGUGGUUCCCAACCCACGUGCAGGUUACAGUCCUUCAGGCGAAAGACCUGAAGCCGAAGGGCAAAAGUGGCACUAAUGAUACGUACACUAUCAUACAACUGGGGAAGGAGAAGUACUCUACCUCAGUGGCAGAGAAGACCCUGGACCCUGUAUGGAAAGAAGAGGCCUCAUUUGAGUUGCCUGGAUUGUUGAUGGAAGGAAACUCUGAGAAAUACAUCCUCUACCUGAUAGUCAUGCACAGGUCUCUUGUUGGGCUUGAUAAAUUUCUGGGACAAGUGGCAAUAAAUCUGAAUGAUAUCUUUGAGGACAAGCUUAGAAGGAAAACAGAGUGGUUUAGCCUAGAGUCCAAACAAGGGAAAAGAACUAAAGACAGAGGAGAGAUAAAGGUCAAUAUUCAGUUUAUGAGGAACAACAUGACGGCAAGUAUGUUUGACCUCUCAGUGAAGGACAAAACUAAAUCUCCUUUUGCUAAACUAAAGGACAAAAUGAAGGGUCGCAAGACUGAUGGGACAUUUUUGGAUACAUCCUCUGCAAUCAUUCCAAGUACUCAUAUGCCAGAAACUAACGCUGUAACUUCCCUUAGUGAAAUACAGUUAAAAUCAAAACCAAAAAAGCCUUUCCUUUUGGGACCUCAGCGGCUAUCUUCAGCUCAUUCGAUGUCUGAUUUAACUGGGCCUCAAGUGACUUCAGAAAAAAUCAAAUCAGGCACAGUUGGCAACACAUACCUCGUUAGACGUCAGCUUGAGUCUGUUGGUUCUAUGGAUGAAAGUGGAAAUCUAAAAUCUCCACACAGACGAACAUUAAGUGCAGAUACAACUAAAGUGAAUCAACUUGACAGCACCGUAGAUGACAGUGACUCAGCUUUCGGAGCACAAAAUGACCCUUUUACCAAUGUGAGUGCUUCCUUGCCUCAAAAGUUUGCAACAUUGCCAAGGCAGAAGAAUCCAUUUGAAGAAAGCCCUGUGUCAUGGGACCAAAAUAUAGGUCUUUUUUCAAAACCAACUGAUAUAAAAAAGGACAUUAAGAAAGAGAAAAAAGAAAAGGUCAGUCUUUUUGAAAGAGUCACUGGGAAAAAAGAUAGUAAACGGUCAGAUAGACUUAGCAAUGGAUCAGAUGGUUCCACUGACUUGAAAUCACCUAGUGCAUUUGGUGAAAAUCAUAAGGAAAGUUUCAAUUUUGAGUCAACUAAUCCCUUCACAAACUUCAAGUCAACAAAUGUGCCACCAUCUUCUAGUUGUAAUGUGAAUCCUGCUAAUGUUGAAAACCUCAGGAAAGCAAUGGAUGGAAAUCCUUUUGAUGCUGCUGCAGGCUACCGUAAUCUUACAUACGAAGAGAUCUUACAGGAAUUAAUGAAACAUAAAGAACAACUUAAGAAGAAGGACAACCAUAUUCGUGAACUUGAGGACUACAUUGACAAUCUUCUUGUGCGAGUUAUGGAAGAAACUCCCAGUAUUCUUAGAGUGCCAUAUGAACCUUCUCGGCGAGCUGGCAAAUUUUCCAAAAGCUAAGCCAAUAGCAACACUCCAUGACAUUUCUGUAACAGGAUGGACUGCUUAAAAUUUUUAUAUUUUAAUUGCUGUUAUCCACUCUCUUCAUCCUGAGAGAUAGUUUGACUCCAAAUAUUGACAGGUAUUGCCAAAUCUGUCCCUGUGUGUAUGAGCUAUAUAAUGUUUUAUAAGAAUUCCAUUUGCCAUAAAACAUUCCUUUUAGCUUAAACAUGUACAGGUGGGUUGUUUUUAUUUAAAUAUUACAUUAUAGCUAUUUUGUACACCACUGUAGAGCUAUGAUCCCAUGCACUUACUUGAAUAUUUACUUUGCACUUCAAUCAAUCUCUCUGAUGUUACAGCAUGCUGUCAAAGUGGAUGCGCACAAGCCCAAGCAGGAUGUGUUUUGCAGCUCUAAACAUGAAGGAAAAUGUGAUAAUGUGAGAUUUUAUUGUUAGCGUGUUAUGAUUAGGAACCACCAGUACAUGCUUUUAAAAAGAGGAAACCUCAGAUCGUGUCUUUGCCUAAGAUUGACAAUAUUGGUUCCAGAAUGGAAUGUACUUGAAACAAUUAAAUUUGUGCUUCUAAAUCUUGAGUUAAGGAAUCUGGGUUUUUGAAAUAGCAAGUAGAAAGUUACUGAAACUUCUGUGUAAAGUAACCAGAGGUGAAUUUGUGCAUAAGCAUACAGCAUACCAUUUGUUUAAGCAUUCAAGCAUACAUUAAGAUUGAGUAAACAAAAGAUAGUGAUUAAUACCUCAUUUGUUUAAAGUUUAUAUGAAUUAGGAGAGAUAAGGCUGAUAGGGACAUCAUAGUAGGGAAAGGUAAUAUGUCCACCUGUACAUCUUUCCAUGCCUAAACAGAACAUACAAAUUAUGUAUACUUGUUAGUCCUUAACAAUCUAGGUGAUGGCUUUUGAAUCGUUUGAAGGGUUUUUUAAAAAAUAUUUUGUGUCAAGAUCAAAUAUUGUCCUUUACUUAAGAGUGAUGGAUGCAUUUUGUUAAGCAUGUCUCUAACUAGGUUACAUUUGCGUGUAGUGUCAUGUCUCUAUUACAUAGUGGCAAAAUGCAAUUUCUAACGGAAAACACUGCCAUGGGGGAAAGUUUGUGUACCAGAAAUCAGAUGGUUGUAUUUAUUUUAAUUUGCUUUAUACAGAACUUAAGUAGAGUGUUUGCUAGUGUGAAAUGCAAAAUAGGCUUGGAUAUAAGGCACAUGGGAUGUUUAGAAGAAGGGUUUUUAUUUGUAGAUGCUGAUGCAUUUUUCUUGCUUGUUUAACAUGUAUUUCUCAAACACUAGCAUGAGAAUUUUCCUGAAGGAAACUGAAGAAUAAAAUGUAUUUUUUCCUCUUUUUUUUAGAAUUAUAAAGAAUACUUUUAAUGAUUUUGAAUGACAAACUUUCUGUUAAAUCAAAAUCCUCUUGUAACGAAAAUGCAAUAGAAUUGCUGCCAAAAGAUAUGGGCUGUGGAAAUGCUUGUAUUCCUAAAUAUACUGAGAAUUCUGAUUCUUAAGUAGAAUAUUGUGCUAUGGACAGAGAUCCAUUUAGGUUCAGUGGUUCUCCGCCCAUUUCCUCUAUAGUGCUUUGGAAAAUAACAAAACAUGAGUACAUCUUGCUAUAGCCCUCUUCCGACACUACAAAAAAGGGCCCUGUACUCGUGUUGCCCGAAAGCCUUGCCCUGUCACUGAUACACUGAGAAGCCUCACACUGCCACAUGUCCCAUCCUUCUGUCAGAAACGGGCCUCAUCAAGCUUACAGCGCUUGCCUGCUCAGAAACAACGUAGGUGACAGAGGCUUCUUGGUGCCCCAGCCUGGUGGUGGGACUUCCGUGCAUACUAUCUGGAGACUGUACAUGAGUACAGUGUCGCUUUUUCUGGAACGUCUGAACAUCUUAGGUUCUUUAUUUUAAGAAAACCAUGGAUCUCUUUUUGUCUUCAUCCCGUCAAAAUGCUUUCACUUUAUUCUAGCAUAUUAAGUGCCAAAGGAUACAUGCUAAACUAUGCUUUGCUUUUUAAGGUUAACUUCUGCAUUUGAAAUAAUGUUUAAUUUCAGUGUUUAUACCAGAAUGUAUUUUAAAAGCCCUUGCAUGUUUAAAGUUCACAGAUGCUUCAUAGUACCAUAGUUAAUGACUUCCAACCAUGAUGUUGGAAAACAAUGGGCCAUUGUUUAGUUUGAACUUCCAUUAUAUGCAAGUUCAUCCUGACUCUUCAAUGAGUUCUUCCAGUAAAACAGAAGAGCAUAAAACCACAGAAUUCUAAGCACAUAUUAUUGUUAGAAUCUUAAUGCAGAAGAUCAAAAAUGCAUACUUGACUAUAGGAAUUUUGAUAUACAUAGCAGAGCUAGUAACAUUAGCUGAAAACUUUGUGAAGAGUUUUCAUGUGCUUUCUAGCCCUACAAGUGAGUUAAAGCACCUCUUUGUUUCCAGUGUUUAACUGUAAUUUGGAAGUGGGCAUGUCAUGCAUCUUAGAAAAGUUAUAGUAACUAAAGUAGGCACAGUGCAAGGUGUUUUUGUUUUUUUAAACCCUUCGUAAUUUGUGUUUAGGUAGAUGGACUGGAAAUACAUUAGUUACAUAUGAUUUAAAAUGUUUAUGGUCUCUAGAUCUAGAGUAUAUCAUAUGCCUAUAGUUUAGUACACAACCAUGAGGAACAGCACUGCCUUGUAUAAAGAUAGGCUUGCCAGAUCAACAACCAAGUCUCAGCUCUUGUACCUUUUGUAGACAUUCCUGCCUAUGACAGUAGGGUUGCUGAACCUGUGCCAUCUCAGCAGUAUGCAAGGUCAGUCUGCACUGGAUCAACUUUGGCGGGAUCACACUCCACUUUUAAGAAUGUUUUCAGAUUAUGGAAUUCUCUUUAAGCCAUAUACAAUAUUUAUUUUAGAAUAGAACACUACUUACAAGAAUAUUCCACACAUCCUCAGCAUAAAUACCUUCUGCUGUGUAGUUUAGGAGCUUCAAAAUCCAUCUUCCCAUGCCCCAUACUAUCCAUUUCACAGAUGGGCAUUGUUGGAAGUGCACACAUUUCACACAGUCUUGUGGAUCUUUCUUGAAAUAUUAGGAUGAAGGGCUGAUUGGCAAUCAUACUUAUUUUGAAAUAUGUCUUUUAACCUGCACUGCCUAACAGCAGAAUGUAUUUUACUUUGUAUAAGGUCAUUUUUAGGGUUGUAAAUAUCAAUUGAUAAGUUACUGUCAUCAAAAAGAAUGUUUGAUAUUUAUAUUACGUUUUGCUGCUUUUAUUUUGAGCUUGAUUGCCACUUACCAAUGAAUGUAGAAUUAUCUGUAGAUUAUACUUAGUUAUAUCUAUUGUUGUUGGCUGUAAAUGAAGGGCUAGUUGUAGAGUUUCAGCUAUGAAAAUCUUGCUUUUGUAUUUGAAGGUUUUUAUGAAUGGGGUCAUAUAUUCAAUUAAGCAUUCUGGUGAUUAGUUAUCCUCCCUGCCCAUGCUCUUUGUUCAACUAGAUUCUUAAAAGAAAUAAAAUGUAUGUCUUAAGUAUACUUACUGCUGUACUGGGAUAUUAUUUUCAAUUAUAUCUUUAAAAUUUUAAUGUAGAUGAAGUCCUCCCCACAACCUACGUUCUAAUACCAUGUUAUAGAAAGGAAAGAACUGAAGGUUUGUGUUUCAAAAUGUAUGUUGAGGUCCUUGCUUUCUCAAAGCAAAUUGAUAAAGGAUUACAGUCUUGCUAGAUGGAAAAACCUGCUAGGUUGUGUUAAAACCCUUUCUCCCCUGAUAUCCAAAAAAUUGAUUCACAAGAGCAUAAGAAGCAGGUUGUGCAGAAACACAACUUGUAUUCUUGAAUUCCCUAUAUCUGUGUGUCUUAAUAGACUCUAAGUCUAGAUACAGUUACUGGCAGUAUUUAAUAUGCAAUUGUUCUAGCACUUUAAUUGGCUGGUGUUUUUGUUUUAAGAUUUUCAGAUUUAUUCUGUUGAGGUACUUGUGCCUGAAACGUUAUUGGCCCUCACUUGAUCUUUGAGAUUACAUUCAGGGAAUCUGCUGUAUAUAGAGUUCAAUCUGUUACAAAUGGUGCAACACUUUAUUCAGCACAGACAGUUCCAGAUUAUAUUUAUUUGAGACAGUAAAAUGCUGUACAUUAUAGAAUCGUAUAGCAAGUCUACAAAAGAUGUGAGCAUGUCUUUUUGGUGUGGGGAAAGAAGGCUUAUUUUAGUUUUGUACAGUGACUGAUCAUUUGUAAACACUUUUUUUCGAAAACAAAGUCACAAUUUAUAAGCAUAUGUGGCACUGUAUGUGAAGAAUGAUGAAAUGCAUGAACAAUUAUUUUGAUUGCAUUUGUAGUCUUGAACCUUUUACUUGAUAAAAAUUGUAUGCUUAAUUUUAGAUUUCCUCCCAAUCGCCGUUGCAUGUCAAGACAUCAAUAAAAUGCCACUGUGCACUUCAGCCA